UCACUUCCUUUUCUUCUCUCUUCUCUACUUUUCAGUUUCUCAAAUUUUUCCUCCCUUCUUCUACUCCACCGUCUUCAAAACCCUCGCCGGAAUAUUAACACCGUUGAACCUUACAACGACGUCGUUUUAGUCUCUCGAUUCUCUAUCAGCUUAUUUAUAAGCGUCGACUGUAAGUUUUGUAAAGUUUAUUCGAGAGAAGGAAGCUUUAAGCUGAAGCGAAAUUCUGACAAAGUCAGAGAUGAAUUUUACAGUGAAAGCAAAGGCUAGGUUUAAAUGAUCCGAUUAAUUGUUCUGAUUACGGAAAUAUAAAUUAAAAUUCAAAUUAGUAAAUUAAAUAGCUGAAGGAAUCGGAAAAAUAUGAGGAAUUCCGGUAUAGUGUAACGCCGGUGAGUUUGCAACAUGAGCUGCGGCAGCAAUAACAGCAAGGGAAGAAGAGAAUUAGAGAUAGAAAAUGAGCGGCAGUCUUUAAAUCCGCCGCCGUGUACAGUUAGUCAAAACGGCUCUUCAACGACUUCGACGACGCCGUAUCUACUGUCAAUUGAUGAGAGUCUUCUAGUUGAUCCGAAAUUACUUUUUAUCGGCUCUAAAAUUGGUGAAGGAGCUCAUGGCAAGGUUUAUGAAGGAAGGUAUGGUGAUCGAAUUGUCGCUGUUAAAGUACUUAACCGAGGGAGUACUUCUGAGGAAAAAGCUCAAUUGGAGGAUCGUUUUGCUCGUGAAGUUAACAUGAUGUCUCGUGUUAAACAUGACAAUCUUGUCAAGUUUAUUGGAGCUUGUAAGGAUCCGCUUAUGGUGAUAGUAACUGAGCUGUUACCUGGGAUGUCCCUCCGUAAAUAUUUGCUUGGAGUUAGGCCAAAUCAAUUAGAACUUCGCGUGGCUUUAAGUUUUUCCCUUGACAUUGCUCGAGCUAUGGAAUGUCUGCAUGCUAAUGGGAUUAUACACAGAGAUCUCAAACCAGAUAAUUUGUUGCUUACGGCAAAUCACAAGUCUGUGAAGCUUGCAGAUUUUGGCCUUGCAAGAGAGGAAACUGUGACAGAAAUGAUGACAGCAGAAACUGGGACUUACCGCUGGAUGGCUCCUGAGUUGUACAGCACAGUGACAUUGCGUCAGGGAGAGAAGAAGCAUUACAAUAAUAAAGUCGAUGUCUACAGCUUUGGAAUUGUCUUAUGGGAGUUGCUGACAAAUCGCUUGCCAUUUGAAGGCAUGUCAAAUUUGCAGGCUGCUUAUGCAGCUGCCUUUAAGCAAGAGAGGCCAAGUGUUCCAGAUGACAUAUCUCCUGAUCUCGCAUUUAUUAUUCAGUCAUGCUGGGUUGAAGACCCUAACUUGAGACCCAGCUUCAGCCAGAUCAUCCGCAUGCUCAAUGCAUUCUUGUUCACUGUUUGUCCAGCACCGACAUUGGUGACAAAAUCUGUUAACCAGGAGGUAGCGGCAGCAUCUAGUAAUGGUACUGUGUCUGAAUUUUCCCCCCGUGCAAGAGGAAAAUUUGCUUUCCUUCGCCAACUGUUUACAGCUAAACGGACUAGGAAUUCUCAAUGAAUGGGUAAAUUUUUGGAGUCGUUUCUUUUGUUGCAGCACAAAGAAAGUUAUGCUGUCAUAGAUAUAUAUUUAUAUAUAUAAUUCCACUGAAUUUUGUUAAUCGACUAGAUGACAGUUAGAAAAAGGAAGAAGACAUCGGAAAAAUGAUGAUGAAAAACCCUAUUUGGUAAAUAAAAAGAUGAGUAGGCACACUCUCAGCUGAUUUUGUUGUAAAGUAAACACAUUGAUUUAGAGAUGUUCAUGUUCAUAUUGUAUCUUUUUUAACAGAUUUAGUAACCUUGGUGCAAGUUGAAACUCGAAACUCCAUAUUCAGUUUUAUGAUUUGUAGUGAAACCAUCCUCUGAGAUGUAAUGUUAGAGAGAUGAAGUGUAAAAUUGCUAUGCUAAGCUAUUAUUGAUUGGAUGUACUGUUUUUUAA